AUGAAUGAUGUUCCUCAUUGUCCCAUCAGCGAGCAGAUUCUUCAGGACUUCACACUCCUCUUUGGGUCAGAAACUGCUUCCAAACUUUUGGAAAGGUGGCCAACAGUUUUCAAAGCAAAGGUUAUCAGACUAGGAGAAACCUUGUCUUCCACUCCACUGCUGAAAAUAUUACUGUCAUCUGCCAAAGAGAGCAGAGGAAGCAGCGAGACACAGGAUUCCCCCGAAUGGGACAGAGAUAUAUCAUCCUUCCUUCUACUUUUGCAUCUCCUACCACCCCUGGCUUCAGGAAGAAAGAAAAUCCAAAGGAUCAGUAUUUCACAGGCCAUUGACCAUCUGGUGGUGUUUCACAAAGCAUGUAGAAGUAUACAGGAACACCUUGAGCUGGAAGACAAUCGUCAGCCAUACAUUCUUGCCUUAGGGAGCAGCAAGGAAGCCAUCAGUCACUACUUUAUUGUGGUGGAUAAAAAGCUCAUCCCCUGUCAAGAAUCCUCUUCACUGGCAGCCAUUGAUGCACUCUUCAAGGCAUCAAACCAAAGGAAGAGCACAGCAACUUUGCAGGGACUGCCAUGGUACAGGAAGGAAAAUCCUUUUACAUUGAUGAAGAGAUGUGAGCCAACAGAUCCUGGGGAGGACUUCAUCAAAGGAAUGGUGAUUGGAAUCAUUUUGGUUGUUGAAGAUGUGAAAGAGCCCCUUCCAGUUUCCUACAAUGAUGUUGCCAUUAUCAUUGAGGAAAAGAUUUUCAUGCGUCAUCUUGGUGAUGUACCCAACACUUUUGUGAACCUGAUGGGCCUGCUAUACAUGCUGAACCUUAACUGUCCAAAAGAGAUGAAAUAUACUUUUGAGGUGAUUCAGCACCUGUUCAUGAGAAUCGGGUCUGAGAUGUGCACUCCCAGGGUCCACUCUCUAAAGAAUAAACUGCCAUGAGCGAGUUUUCAAAUUUUCUUGCAAUUUGUCCAUUAUGUAGUAAGAGGAAAUAAAUGUAAAGCCUUUCUGUGGGUCACAACAGUUUAUGUUUUUAUGUUCUAACAGAUGUCUAUUGCUCUCUGUGGAGGAAAUGUCUCUUGCAGACAAUAAUUUGUAUUUUAUGUUGUAGAGCAAACAUGAACAGAGUGGAGAUUUCUGUAAUGUUUGAACGUGUUUAUUUUCUGGCUGACAUUUGAGCAAGUUACUCAGAGAUACAUUAUUUGUCUUUCUGCAGUUUACUGCAGCAACUCUGAACAUCCACAACAAUGGACUCAGUUGGAUUCGGAGAGUUAUUUAUUUUCCCCAAAGGAAGGCUGCACUUAUUUUUCUGUAUUAUAUUAUUAUUUGUGGAACAUUGUAAUUUCAGUUAGUAAGCAGCCCCAAGCAAAAGUGUGUUACGCCACACCUUGUAUUUCUCACGCAGAGACAUUACGAGGAUAACGCAACACAGAUUCAGACGCUCGCUGAAGUAUGUAACGUAAUGGUUACAGAAGAGGACAGCGGCUGUCACAUUUUAAAUGAUUUACAUUCACAGUAAGUCAUCUCACAUGUGCCCCCCCCCCCCAUUUUUUGUCACUUCUUUGUCAACUCCAUUGAUUUGCCAAGACAAUGACCCCGAUUUUCACUAUAUUAUUAUUAUUAUUUUUUUUUAUCAAAAUAAGAAUUUAAAGUUAAAACAGUCUAAGAUCUUUUUUGGUCUGAUGGUUAUUAUGACCUCGACACUAAUGCAAUUUUGGCCAUCGUACGUGGUCAGCCGUAGCUUUUGCGCCUGUUAUUAGCCCACUAUUAUUUUUUUAUAGCUAACAUUACACGUUGAAGAGGAUGCGGGGCUACUCUGCAGUUCUAUAUAAUAGACUUCUAUUAACC